ACCACAUCCCAUCAGCCCCUUCGGGGAGGGCGGGAGGAGGCGCUCCUUUACGGCUUCUUGCUCUCCCUGCGUAUCCCGGCGUGCACCGCGCUUCCGGUUGGCGGCUCCUUCCGGUCGCAGCCCGGCGUAGAGGACGGUCGCCAGGAUGUUGGCUUCAAGGGCAUUCAGCCUCAUUGGGAAGAGAGCCAUUUCCACCUCCAUCUGCCUGAGAGCGCAUGGACACGCUGGUGUUGUCAAAGCAGAGGAUUUCAGCCUCCCAGCCUACGUCGACCGCCGUGAUGUUCCCCUGCCUGAAGUGGCCUUUGUAAGGGAUCUCUCUGCUCAGCAGAAGGCGCUGAAAGAGAAGGAAAAGGCGUCUUGGACUGCUCUGUCCGUUGAUGAGAAAGUUGAAUUGUACCGUAUCAAAUUUAACGAGACCUAUGCAGAAAUGAACAGAGGAUCGAACGAAUGGAAGACCGUCCUCGGUGGAGUGCUGUUCUUUCUUGGCGUAACCGGUAUCAUCCUCAUUUGGCAGAAACGUUAUAUGUACGGCCCUAUUCCGCACACCUUCUCUGACGAGUGGCUGUCGAUGCAGACCAAGAGAAUGUUGGACAUGCGGAUUAAUCCCGUGGAGGGCAUCUCUUCCCAGUGGGAUUUUGAGAAGAACGAAUGGAAGAAAUGAAGCAACUCAGUGGAACCUGCUCUGCUUGAAUAUGAAAUGAUUCCAUCACCUGUGUGUGACCUCGUUGCUUAUGUACUGGAACAACCUCUCCACCUACAUAGAUGCUAAUAAAUGUCUGGUUAACUUGAAA